CGUGACAUCGGGCUGUCUGCUCUUAUAGUCGGGAGGAAUGAACGUGUCUCAGUCUCCGGUGAAACGUGAACGGAGGAGAGGCGAUGCUCCUGCUUCAGAUGCCCUGCGCUCCCUCCUCUUCUUCUUCCUUUUCUUCUCCUUCUUCUUCUUCUUCUUCUACUCUCCUGUUCUCCGUCUUUACGCUUCCUAGGCCUUACGGGGACUGACGGUACCCGCGCACACGCUCACAUCCAAGGGGGGAGGAAUUACACGCAGACCCGAGCCGGUCCCGGACCUCCAUCGGCAAACAUCAGCGGAAGCGAGCCCCAGUUGUGGCCGGUGGGCAUGGUUUUGGAGGGUAGCUCAGAGGCGCUGUGUCCCCCCCCAUCUCUGGAGCUGCGCCCAUCCUGCAACAAGAGCCAGUCCUCACCUCCUCUGAGCACAAGCUCACAACCCCACGACGGAGUCUUCCCUGAGGACAAGGAGCCCGUCAAGUACGGCGAGCUCAUCGUCUUAGGGCACAAUGGGUCACUGGCCAAUGGGGACAAGGGUCGCAGAAGAAGUCGUCUGGCCCUUUAUAAGAGACCCAAAGCCAAUGGGGUCAAACCUGAUGUUAUCCACAAUGUCUCAACACCUCUGGUGUCAAAGGCACUCAGCAACAAAAGCCAGCACAGCAUCUCCUACACACUGUCACGGAGCCACUCUGUCAUUGUGGAGUACACCCAUGACACCAACACAGACAUGUUUCAGAUCGGCCGGUCCACAGAGAGCAUGAUCGACUUCGUGGUGACGGACACGGCGGGCAGCGGCAGCAGUCAGGGUGGGGGUGCGGCGGGGGAGGGUGGCGGCGGAGGACAGUCGGCUCAGAGCACCAUCUCCCGCUACGCCUGUCGCAUCAUGUGCGAACGCAGCGCUCCCUACACGGCCCGCAUCUACGCCGCCGGCUUCGACUCCUCCAAGAACAUCUUCCUGGGGGAGCGGGCUGCCAAAUGGAGGACGUCGGACGGCUUGAUGGACGGCCUGACCACCAACGGGGUGCUGGUGAUGCACCCAGCAGGGGAGUUUGUGUCUGAGCCAGCUCCGGGUGUCUGGAGGGAAAUCUCAGUUUGUGGCAACGUCUUUGCCCUGAGGGAAACCCGCUCAGCUCAGCAGAGAGGAAAACUGGUUGAAAAUGAGUCCAAUACCCUACAGGACGGUUCUCUGAUUGAUCUGUGUGGGGCUACCCUGCUGUGGAGGACCCCCGCCGGACUGCGCCACACCCCCACCCUCAAACAGCUGGAGUCCCUUCGCCAGGAGCUGAACGCCGCCCGACCACAGUGUCCCGUGGGCUUCAACACCCUGGCCUUCCCCAGCUUGGCCCAGCGCGAGAUUGUCGACAAGAAGCAGCCCUGGGUCUACGUCAACUGUGGGCAUGUGCAUGGCUACCACAACUGGGGCUACCGUAAAGAGAAGGGUCCCGCCGGCCCCGGGGGCACAGCGCCAGCUAGCACCGGGGAUAGGGAGUGCCCCAUGUGCCGGCGAGUGGGCCCCUAUGUGCCGCUGUGGCUGGGUUGCGAGGGAGGAUUGUACCUGGAUGCUGGGCCGCCCACUCAUGCUUUCUGCCCCUGUGGCCAUGUAUGCUCAGAAAAGACAGUGGUGGGGUGGAGCCAGAUCCCAUUACCCCACGGUACCCACGCCUUCCAUGCUGCCUGCCCCUUCUGUGGUACAUGGUUGACAGGGGAGCAGGGCCACAUCAAACUCAUCUUCCAGGGCCCCGUCGACUGAAGCCCAGACCUGGGAGCCACUCAGAGGAAAGAGAUGGUGGACUGGACAGAGGUAGACCUGCUCAGUAAAGACUGUGUGCUCUGAACACCGGAGUGUGGGUUGAAAGAGGAAGCACUGAUGCCAUACAGAGAAAAGACUGUUAAUAUGAUGAACUGAGAGCGACAUGCAAUAGUAGAUGCCAAGGCUUCACAUGGACUAUGAGGUGUAUGGAGAACAUGUAAAUAAACUGUGUUGAAAUGAA